AUGACACAUGAGAAACAGAAAGGGCUCUUCAAGUGUUGGACGGAUGAGAGAGUGGGUAUUGCACUGCUGGCUGAAGUUAACCUUCAAUGGUCAGCAGUGCCCAGAGGACACAAGUGGUUUGAUCGGGUCAAGUCCUUCACUAACCAGGGACAUUUCUCUUCAGUAUCUUACUACGAACACCAGGAGUUUCCAACUCCCUCGGCGCAUCAAUGGGGCGGAUGUUCUGCUACAUUACUCCACAAGGUCGCGCGCCGUGCAAAGUCAGGCGGCAAAGAUGAGUCAGGGCUAGGCAGGUUCUCAUGGAUCAAGAUCCGGGGCAGGGACAUCCGACAACAGGAGUCCCUGACUGAUGGGCCCCCGGCUGGUCCUUUAGAUCUUGUGGUGGUCUCUGCAUAUCGUCCAAACAAGGAAGGUACCAAUGCUGGUAGUGUUUGGAAGUGUUUGGAACUACCAACGGAAUCACUGGCGGAGCAAGGGGGUGCCUAUGACAAGCUCACACUGGAUUUGGUUGACCUGAUCAAACAAUGGAAAGCGGAAGGGUGCAAGAUUCUCCUUGGGUUAGAUGCAAACGAAGAUGUCUCCUACAACUCUCCCUCUUCCUUCCGCCAAGAGAUGUGGUCUGAAGGCCUGACCGAGGCCAUCUUACGCCGACAUCAGGGCCCUUACCCAGCGACAACCCAAAGUCGGCCGACGGAUACUCCUAUCAAUGCGACUCUGGGGGCUCCACCGGUCACCUCUCCUUCCUUCCAACCACGUCGGUUGACACUGGCUGAUGGUCGGUCUGUGGACUGCUAUAUUAAGGCUGCGGAAGCGGGCUACCGACAUUUCCGCCUUCCCCAACGCUUGACCCAAUUAGCGGAGGAUAUUUUGGUCCAGGACGGUUACCUUACGGCGAAUCAGCAAGCUCGAUUCAACACCAUUCAUCGCCAAGCCUAUGAGAUCCGCCGAAGGGCUGAGCGCAACUGCCGGAAACUGUCAAUGGGUAAGGUUCACUGGUCACCACAAAUGCAGCAGAAAUGGGAUAGGUUGCACCUUUACGAGCUCCUAAUCUUGGGCAAUAGACAGGUCAGGACUAGUUCCUGGAAGGUACGGCGUUUGUUGAAGAAGACCAGGCUGACCGAUGCAUGGAAAUUAUCAAAAGCUGACCUACAGGCAAAGUGGUACCUUGAACAUCAAUCCUACGAAGAGGCCAAGCGGAAGCAUGCCCAUCAGUGGCGCCUUGAAUAUCUGGAGAACUGA